AGUAUUUUAGCCUUAAAAAAUAGUAAACCAUUUGAGUUAAGUCCGAGUUUUACUCGGUUUGUUCACUUAUAUUUUGCUUGUUGUUUCCGUAAGUGAUAACACAAAAGCUACAAAUGUUUCCCUUCUAAACUGUUGUGUGAUGAUAUCUUUACUUUAACAAAGCUAAGAUGAAAAACCAAUCACCUUUAUUGUCAGGACCCAACCUCUAUUUGUACCUACCACAACCACCCUUGUAGUUUUCAACUGACAUUUCCAAAGGUUUCUCUUUCUCCAUCCGUUUCUCUGCUAGUUUUGCUGUUGCUUAAAAUCUGUCUAGAAUUUACCAGAAUUUUCUGAGAGGGGAAUUGAUAAUUUUGGUGUUCUUUUUGGUGGAGUAUCAGUGGCUAAGUUAAAGGAAUACGUAGUUGGGGGAGAGGAGGAGGCCAACACAAUGGAAUCCUCUGAACCCAAGGAGCUGCAGCAACCUGUUAAGGAAGAGAAAGAUGCAGCUCAGAAUGAUGUAGCUGAAGAGAAGAGCGUGAUCCCAGGCCCUGAAAAAGUUGCAGCAGCACCAGCUACUGAGAAAAGUCCAAACAGCAGAGAUUCUGUUCUUGCACGGGUUGAGACAGAAAAAAGACUAGCUUUAAUUAAAGCAUGGGAGGAAAAUGAGAAGGCAAAAAUAGAGAACAGGGCACAUAAGAAGAUAUCUGCUAUUGGAUCAUGGGAGAAUACCAAGAAAGCUGGUGUAGAAGCACUGCUAAAGAGAAUUGAGGAACAACUGGAAAGGAAGAAGGCAGAGCAUGGUGAGAAAAUGAAAAACAAAGUGGCUGAAAUCCACAAGGAAGCCCAAGAAAAAAGAGCAGUGAUAGAAGCCAAACGAGGGGAGGAUUUUCUCAAGAUAGAGGAGACAGCAGCGAAAUUUCGUGCCACUGGAUAUACACCAAAGAAAUUUCUUGGAUGCUUCAGCAGUUAACAUCCUGAAUUGAUAUUCAAAGGAGAGAAAUUUGUUUUUCUUUUCUGGAAUUCAGGUUGUUCUUUUUCCCUCUCCCCCUGUUGGUUUGUAAUUGUAAGUGAGACAUUCUAAUAUUGGUGUACAUCAAAUAUUCGUGUGUAGAUAUAUAUAUAUAUAUAUGUGUGUGUGUGUGUG